AUGGACGAUUUCGCUAUCCGAGUGUUUCCGUCAUCGGCUACAAGUGCUAUGCGACAAUCCUCAUCUGUUCUACAUUAUUCUCCAAUAGCUGAUCCACCGAUCGACUACACCUUACAUAAACCAAAACAAAACGGCCCAUCAAAUGUGAUUCCAUGGAGGAAUAAUCAGCAACCAGUUUCGCAACCUCAGCCUCAACCUCAACCUUCGGUCUAUCGUCCUCCGCCUGAACCACAAUACUGGCCGAAGCUAAAGGUUUCCAACCCGAAUCCAAGGUCAAAACCUAUGCCAGCGCCUAGACGACAUACUACAGAAAUAAACAGCGGCGCCUACGGAAGAAUAGCAAAUCAUGACGCUGAAAUUGAGACAGCAAUGGUAUUGGAAGAUUUGGAUACGGUACUGGAUAAUGAGGUGCUCUCAUUUGAACAACGACGCAAUCGAAUUGAAGGGAUUUCACUUCGUCCAUAUCCUGCUGAAGCAUUUGACCACGUUGAAUAUUAUCAAUCCACGAAUAAACCACAAGGAAAAACAUCCUCGCUGGAAAAAGCCAGAGCACAAUCGAGUAAUCGAAAUUCUACACCGAUUGUACCGGUUCUAAGCGAUCCUAUUAUCGAAGAUUUACGAAGUAUCAGUCACGGUGCGGACGUCCAUGUUAUCAAUGAACACCGGAAGGCGAUGGUAACAAGGAAGUACAAAGAGACCGAACGCAGAAUUGAAGAAGCAAAGCGUUUCUACAGUCCGGAAUAUUUCAGGGAAGCGAAGUUCACAGCACCAGAUAUACCACCAUGGAAACGUGACCUAUUAGCAAAAAAAUGCUCCAAGGAGACAAUACACCAAUUCGAGCAGAACGCUUGGCGAGAAUUUUCCGAAUGGAAGCAGGCUAACGCUCCAUCCGUCAACCUCUACCCACCAUAUCAGUACAGCGUUCAGCCUAUGUUAUAA